ACUACUGCCAUCUCAUCACCACAACUUCAAACUACUCUGCAUGCAACUGAGAGCUCUUAUAAUCUUCGUUGUUGUUCAAGAAAAGUCAUUCAAUCCUACCGCCACAUCUCCAUAAUGUUCCAUCUCAUUCUUGCCCGAGGUCCGAGAGGCUGACUUUUCUUACUAUAGCACUCCACUUCUCUCAUUCCUUGUCUCUUCCUCGCGGCCAUUUUCUGCCUUGCAAGAUAGAAACAAUUAAACAAAGAUCGAGGGAAGGGAUAGAACGAGACCCUUUUUGUUUUGAGUGAGAGAGAGGGAGAGAGUUAAAAACCAGCGCUGCUUGUACUAGUUUGAGCCUGCACCAAAAAUGGGUUUCACUGCGUUUCUAUUCUAUGUCAUCUUUUUGUUAACGAGCCCAACAUGGGUCUGUGCAAAUCCACAGCUCAGAGCACUCAUGGACAUUAAGGAGGAUUUGGACCCGCGGAGCCAGUACCUAUCUUCAUGGACCAUCGAUGGUAACCCAUGUGACGGUUCCUUCGAAGGUGUUGCCUGCAAUGAGAGAGGUCAAGUGGCAAACAUUUCGUUGCAGGGAAAGGGGCUCUCAGGCAAGAUCUCUCCGGCCAUUGCUGGGCUCAGGCACUUAACGGGGCUCUACUUGCAUUAUAACUCUCUGUACGGAGAGAUACCAAGAGAAAUAGCAAAUUUGACUGGGUUGAGUGAUUUAUAUCUGAAUGUAAAUAAUCUCUCUGGGGAGAUUCCUCCUGAGGUCGGAAACAUAGCCGGUUUACAAGUAUUGCAACUUUGUUAUAACCAAUUCACGGGAAGCAUACCUACACAGCUGGGUUCUCUGAAGAAGCUUAGUGUUCUUGCUCUGCAAUAUAACAAAUUAACUGGAGCAAUCCCUGCAAGUUUAGGGGAUUUGGGAAUGUUAAUGAGGAUAGAUUUGAGAUCCAAUCACUUAUUUGGUUCAAUUCCCACAAAGUUGGCCAACGCUCCUUUGCUGGAAGUUCUAGACAUUCGAAACAAUACUCUCUCUGGCAAUGUACCUCCUGCUUUGAAGAGACUGAACGAUGGAUUCCUAUACCAAAACAACCUUGGCUUAUGUGGGAUUGGGUUUUUAUCUUUGAAAGCUUGCAAUGCUUCGGAUCAUCUCAAUCCGAGUAGGCCUGAGCCCUAUGGACCAGGUGCAACCAACCUGCCGACAAGAGAAAUACCAGAGACAGCAAAUGUGCAGUUACCUUGCAACCAUACUCGGUGCUCAAAUCCGUCAAAAUCCCAACGAUCGUCUGUUGCUGUUGGUGUAUUAAUUGUGGUAACAAUUGCUCUAUCGGCUAUAGGAAUUCUGAUCUUCAUCCAUUAUCGCCGCCAGAAACAAAAACUUGGCACCACAUUUGAUACUUCUGCAAACCGUCUUAGUACUGACCAGGUCAAAGGAGUUUACAGGAAGAAUGGCUCUCCUCUCAUCAGCCUUGAGUACCCCAAUGGGUGGGACCCUUUAGCUAAUGAUCGAAAUUUCGGUGGGUUAGUGCAAGAAGUCUUCCAGAGCUUUAGGUUCAAUUUGGAGGAGGUGGAGUCAGCUACUCAGUACUUCUCAGAGGGGAACUUGUUGGAUAAAAGUAACUUUUCUGCAACUUACAAAGGAGCUUUAAGAGAUGGGUCCGUUGUUGCUAUUAAGAGUAUCAGCAAAACUAGCUGCAAGUCAGAGGAAGCUGACUUUUUGAAGGGAUUAAACAUUUUGACCUCUUUGAGGCAUGAUAAUUUGGUAAGGUUGAGAGGAUUUUGUUGUUCAAGGGGCCGUGGUGAGUGCUUUCUCGUCUAUGAUUUUGUCCCCAACGGGAAUUUACUGCACCAUAUUGAUGCAAAGGAUGAUAGCCAUGUCCUUGAAUGGUCAACUAGAGUUUCUAUCAUGAAGGGCAUUGCCAAAGGUAUAGCAUAUUUACACAGUUACAAAGUGAACAAACCAGCUCUUGUUCACCAAAACAUUUCAGCUGAGCAUGUGCUCAUUGACCAGCGAUUUAACCCAUUGCUCUCAGAUUCGGGCCUGCACAAUCUUCUGACCAAUGAUGUUGUCUUCUCAGCACUCAAGACCAGUGCUGCAAUGGGUUAUCUAGCUCCUGAAUACACCAGUACAGGCAAAUUCACUGAGAAAAGCGAUGUGUAUGCAUUUGGGGUGCUCGUUUUCCAAGUCCUCUCAGGAAAGCGCAAAGUCACUAGCUCGAUUCGUCUUGGUGCAGAGUCAUGCAGGCUUCAAGAUUUUAUUGACCCAAACCUUCAUGGCAGGUUCUUUGAAUAUGAAGCAACAAAGCUUGCAAGGAUCGCGUUGCUUUGCACGCUCGAGUCUCCAAUUGAGAGGCCAUCCAUGGAAGCUGUUGUUCAAGAAUUGGGUAACUGUAGUAGUUGUCUCUGAUUUCCCAUUGCUUGCAGAGCAUUUCAAAAUGGAAGGCUUAGAGAUGACCAACUAACUGCUCACUGAUUAGGAAAACUAGGUCCUUGUAAUGUUGAGUCCUUUUGCUGAUCAGGACUAAGCUUUGUUCUGUAUGUGACUGAACCUUGAUUUCUUCUGGCAUGGAAAUGGAAUUCUUAUGGGGCAUUUUGUUUUUUA